GUCCAGAAAUAUAGGCUCUGACUCAACGCCGUUAAUAAACACCACCACCCUCAACUGCGGCGGCUGCUUCUACGGCUCCAUCUUCUACCUGCGCAGAACUAAACCUUCACCACCAUGGGGCCGCAGUGAGGUUGAAGAAGGAACUGCAAGAUCGUGCUUGAUUAAAGAAACCCCUGUAUCAUUUGUUUGUUCCAUCUCCAAUGGCCAACGACUCUUCGUUUCUGUUUUCCGGCAUUCGUUUCAACAGAAAGAAGUUCGGCGCCGAUAUCGCCAGAUUCCAGAAAAAAGAUAACGAUACUGAUGCGGCGAAGAUUUGGAGCGUUGUCAGAGACGGAAGCGCAAAAACGAGGGAAGCAGUAGAAGAGAAAACAGCGUCCACGAAGAAGAGGAAGCGCAAGGGAAACUCUUCUGAAAAUGUUGAAGGAUUCAAUGUAUUUAGAAAUUCCGCAUCUGUGGCGCAGUCUAGUGGCGAAGUUCAAGCUGAUCAGGAGUCUAUUGAGUUAAGUAAGAAGAAGAAUAAGAAGGAACAAAAUCGACAAUUCGAGCGGGACGCGAUAUUCAGAAAGCAGCACAACAUCCAUGUGUCUGGUUAUAAUGUACCGUCUCCUCUUCAAAGCUUUGACGAAUUGAAAUCAAGAUAUAAGUGUCCAUCGUAUUUGUUGCGCAACCUGAAGGAGCUUGGAUUCAGAGAACCAACGCCUAUUCAAAGGCAGACUAUUCCAGUACUUUUAGCUGGUCGUGAAUGCUUUGCGUGUGCACCAACUGGUUCUGGGAAAACCCUUGCAUUUGUAUGUCCAAUGCUUAUGAAGCUUAAGGACCCAGAAAAGGGUGGCAUUCGAGCUGUUAUCCUUUGUCAUACCCGUGAAUUAUCUGCUCAAAUAUUUCGAGAGUGCAAAAAACUUGCAAAAAGAAAAAAAUUUGGAAUUAAGUUAAUGACUAAAAAUCUCUUAAGAAAUGCUGAUUUUUCAAAGUUUCCAUGUGAUAUACUAAUAUCCACACCACUGCGAUUGCGGUUGGCUAUCAAGAAGAAGAAGAUUGAUCUCAGCAGAGUGGAGUAUCUUGUCCUGGAUGAAUCGGAUAAGCUGUUUGAACCCGAAUUAUUCAAGCAGAUUGAUUCUGUUCUCAAGGCAUGCUCCAACCCCUCAAUCAUUCGCUCGCUUUUUAGUGCUACUUUACCUGAUUUUGUUGAAGAUCGAGCUCGAGAACUUAUGCAUGAUGCUGUUCGUGUAAUUGUUGGCAGAAAGAAUAUGGCUUCUGAAACGAUAAAGCAAAAAUUGAUUUUUACUGGAAGUGAAGAAGGAAAACUUCUUGCAAUUCGUCAAAGUUUUGCAGAGAGUCUAAAUCCUCCAGUAUUGGUCUUUCUCCAAAGCAAGGAACGAGCCAAGGAGUUGUAC